ACGUGGGGACUGCGCUCUGCGCUAUGAAGGAAUUAUCGUGCUAUCUUCUCUGCAACGAGUGACGGGUUCGAGGGAGGCGAGUGGGCGCAGACGUGUUUCACGGGUGUCGAUGGAGGAGCUUGCGUGCACUCAAAAGCAGGCGAGGAUAGGGGCGACUUGGCGCAGCACGCACAGGGAUCAGCUUGCUAUCGCGUGUAAUUCGACGGGCCCCGCAAUCCUAAUGGUUUGGCUGCACCGGCGUUGUCUUCACGGCUCUGCUGCUGUCGACGUGGUUGCGUGGGCGGUGGCGGUUGUGGUGGUCGACGGCGUGUUUGUUAUUGUCGUCGCUUUGUUUGGUGGCGUGCACGUCUUCACGCUCCAACACAGUCAGACGCAUCAACGCAUCAACGUAUCAACGCCCGCCAGCACCGCCUUAUCGUCGGGCGCACCGCUAUCGCACACGCAGCCAGUUCACCGCUGCACUCCUUUUGCCGCCAGAUAGAUCGCCUCUGUGUUCUCGAGUGCAACACGGAAUCACCCCAGUGUUUCAGCGUUUCAGCGACCUCUGGGAUGCGCACCAACCAAAGCACGUCAAAGGGGCAAAUCAUCAGAGUGUACCUUGCACGCUAUCUCCUGGGGCGGUAUUUUACU